AUGGAGAAAGAAACCGGCGUUACGCGCGAGCCCGUCCAGGGCCUCGCCGUCACCGACAAUGUCGACCAGAUCGAGGCCCCCGUCACAUGGAAGGCCUACCUGAUCUGCGCCUUUGCCUCCUUUGGAGGUAUCUUCUUCGGAUACGACUCCGGUUACAUCAACGGUGUCCUGGGUUCCAUCAACUUCAUCGAGGCCGUCGAGGGCAAGGGCGCCACCGCCAUUGGCGAAUCUGACACCUCCCUCAUCGUCUCUAUUCUUUCCUGCGGUACUUUCUUCGGUGCUCUCAUUGCUGGUGACGUUGCCGACUGGAUGGGUCGCAAGUGGACUGUCAUUCUCGGCUGCCUUAUCUACAUGAUCGGUGUCGUCAUUCAGAUGAUCACUGGUGUCGGUUCCUCCCCUCUCGGUCCCAUCGUUACCGGUCGUCUCAUUGCUGGUAUCGGUGUGGGCUUCGAAUCCGCCGUUGUCAUUCUGUACAUGUCUGAGAUUUCUCCCAAGAAGGUUCGUGGCGCUCUCGUCGCCGGAUACCAAUUCUGCAUCACCAUCGGUCUUCUCCUGGCUGCUUGCGUCGUCUACGGCACCAAGGACCGCACCGACACUGGCGCCUACCGCAUCCCCAUCGCCAUUCAGUUCCCUUGGGCUCUGAUCCUCGGUGGUGGUCUCAUGCUCUUCCCUGACUCCCCCAGAUACUUCGUCAAGAAGGGCAGACUCGCCGAUGCCGCCGCCUCCCUUUCCAAGCUUCGCGGCCAGCCCGAGAACUCUGAGUACAUCCAGGUCGAGCUUGCUGAGAUCGUCGCCAACGAGGAGUACGAGCGCCAGCUCAUCCCUUCUGCCACUUGGUUCGGCUCAUGGGCCAACUGCUUCAGCGGUUCCCUCUUCAAGGCCAACUCCAACCUGCGCAAGACCAUUCUCGGUACUUCCCUCCAGAUGAUGCAGCAGUGGACCGGUGUCAACUUCAUCUUCUACUACUCGACUCCUUUCCUCCAGUCCACCGGUGCCAUCAGCAACACCUUCUUGAUCUCCCUGGUCUUCACCCUCGUCAACGUCUGCUCCACUCCCUUGUCCUUCUGGACUGUUGAGCGCUUCGGUCGCCGCACCAUCCUUCUCUGGGGUGCCGCUGGUAUGACCAUCUGCCAGUUCCUCGUUGCCAUCAUUGGUGUUACGGUCGGUUUCAACCACACCCACCCGGACCCCAACGAUGCCACCAAGAGCAUCGCCAACAACAUCCCCGCUGUCAACGCCCAGAUCGCCUUCAUCGCCAUCUUCAUCUUCUGGUUUGCCUCUACGUGGGGACCCGGUGCCUGGAUUCUCAUUGGUGAGGUCUUCCCUCUGCCCAUCCGCUCCCGCGGUGUUGCUCUGUCCACUGCCUCCAACUGGCUCUGGAACACCAUCAUUGCCGUCAUCACCCCCUACAUGGUCGGUGAGAAGCGUGGCAACCUCAAGUCCUCUGUCUUCUUCGUCUGGGGUGGUCUCUGCACCUGCGCCCUGGUCUACACCUACUUCCUGGUCCCCGAGACCAAGGGUCUGUCCCUGGAGCAGGUUGACAAGAUGAUGGAGGAGACCACUCCCCGCACUUCCGCCAAGUGGAAGCCCCAUGAGACCUUCGCCUCCCAGGUUGCCCGCAACGGCGUCCUCGACAAGGUCCACGUCGACAACAUUGAGCGUCGCACUUCCAACGUCUAA